CUUUAUUUGAAAGCAACAACAUAUUUGUGUGUGGUUUGUGAACUCCGUCCACAUAUGAAGAUUGCUUCAAAUUCAAUGAAGUCCACAGCUGAUGAAGAAGCUCUUCCUUUUCUAGAUGCCAUGCCAUAUCAUCUGCAACAUCACGAUCAUGGAUUCAUGCUUUCAAGGUUUGAACCUCCGGCUCCUCUUUGCUGUGUGACUGACGGCGAGUUCAAUUCCGGCAUCGAGUUCCCGACGGGUGAGUUUAUCGGAGAGACGGUCGGUCUUCUCCGUUUCAACUUCGACAGUCGGAAAUACCACAAUGGACCAGGAUUGGGCCGGAGUUAAGCAGCUGAAGCCUGUAACUGAUCUCUCUUUCUGGUUUUUCUUUGCUUCGGUGCUGUCAACCUCCCUCCAUGAUCUCCGGUACUGUUCCUCGAUUUUCGGCACUGUUCCUCCAUGAUGUGGUAGUGGGAUUGCAGGUCUGGCAGUUACUUUGACAGUUAUCCAAUUUUAUUUAACCUUAUCUCCAACAACCUUAAAGAUAACUAUCUAAAAAUCCUCAAUUUCCAUUUUAAAUCAAACCCAAACUACCAGAUUCCAUCUUAUCUUCUGCCACCUAGGAUCCAACCUCCUUGGAAAUUCGUCUGGGCUGUUAAAUUGGAAGCCAGCCCAGCCCAAAUCCAGCCCAUUGAUUUUCUUAAUAAUUGGGCUUUACCUUG